AUGACAACGUGGUAUACAAAGUUGGUAAUGAUGCGGACGACUGUGCUGAGUCAGCCAUGCCGGAUGAGUCAGCUGACCUUCGCUACUGAGAUCAAAGAUAAAGAUAAGGCAGAAGGUGAUGGAGCAAGAACAGCGCGCGGGUUCAAGAAGAUGGAUGAGAACAUGAAGCCAAGGAGGAUGGACCAUGGCGCCGGAUUUCGCCAAAUGAAGGUUGCAAACCCCUUAUGCGAGACGUGUACAAGAUUACCGAGAUACCAGACUCUUAGCGACGUACAGCAAGUGGACGCCAAAGCUUGGGUGCCAAAGGAUCUAGCACCGCAGGAGGUUGUCGACGUGGAAAUUUCGCAGGCCUACUCGAGACUUUUCAGAACACACCACAUUUCACCCUCUUACAUUGUCGGGGAGCACAUUCCAAGGGGCCAAGAUGACGAAGUCAUGGGAGGUGAAUGUCAUUCAUAUUCAUCUCAGCCUCUUGUGAUGACUUGGAAGCAAUUUAUGAGUUCUGAAUGGCCUGGAACGAGCUUGGGAGGUUCAACAAUGGCUCAAAACAAGUUCAUGAGGUUCGAAACCGCUCAAAAACGAGUUCACGAAGAGGUUCAGAAUGGCUUAAAACAAGUUCAUGAGGUUCAAAAAGGAUCGAAAUGGCUCGAAAUGGCUCGAAAGGAGCUCAGAAUGUUCGAAAUAAGUCGAAUCGAGCUCAUGAGGUACAAAGUCACGCCAUUCCAGCUGGAGAAUGAUCCUUUCAUGAGCAACGCCAUUCCAGCUGGAAAACAUCCUAUCAACAAUGGACGACAUCUCGAAAUGUCUCGAAGCGAAUUCAUAAAGUUCAUAAUGAAUCAAAUCGAGUUCGUAGGGUUCAAAUGCCUUUCAAAAUCUCUGGAAACGAGUUCAUCAACAUCCUACAAACAGCGGACGACAUCCCAACUACUAGACCGAGGAAAUGGCUAUGCUGAAGAGGACUUAUCUUCCAAGUGCGAAGUUGGUCCGAACAGGGCUGAACAACAUGAAAUCCCCGAACUCGGCGGAGACCGAUGGCCUUCGGACGACUACGAAAUUAGACAGCUACAGAAGCUGAGAUUGAGCAACAUAAGUACUUCAUACCGAUCUGGCAACGCACGCAAUCCUAAUAUACCAAGACGCUGCUCCGAAAGCUGUCAAAGUCCGACUCAGCGCAAGUGGCAAGACCAAUAUCUGCCAAAUAUGAUGAAAAGCGAAAUGCUCACAUACUGCGAUUCGCCAUGGCCACAGGUCGGCAGAUUGGUCUACACAAGCCCCUCGACGAAGCAGUUCAAGCUCAAAGGUCAAUCAAUCAUGCUAUCUCCGACUGGGUCAAGGACAUCCUGGCUCUCCUCGAACACUCUGCCGCCUCGGAGAAAUCAUGAUACUAGGUCUGAUGACGACUUCGGUGCUACCAUUAGGCUGGCCAAACUGUUCACAAAGUCCUGCAUCAGUAUCACUUCCCUCGACUCGCCUGGGCUCCUUCUGAGUCUCCAUUUGGACAUGGAGCGCGGGCCGAAUGGUGUAGACGCCAUGGAUAGGCAAGACUGCAGCGACGACGAAACAGGGAAUCAAGACCAAGACCCUCCAGCUUUCCAAGAGGCUUGGGCGACCCAGAUCCUGUCUUCUUCGCAGGUCCAUUACUUGCUCGUCGCGCAGUUCCCGGGCGCAGACCAGUUCGGACAAUAUUCGCGAGCGAUUCUUGAGCGCAUUAAGCGCCCCGCAGUGAGGCAUGUCCUCGUGAACCCCAGGCGAAGGGAGGAGACAGACAAGGCAGCUGCUACUACCAAGAAGGCAGCGGCAGCCAAGACAACCGCGGCCACGAAGAAGACAUCUGCUACAAAGAAGGCUGCUGCCGCCAAGAAGACUGCAAGCAGCACGAAUGCCAACACUGGCAACCUCGAAGGCGACUUUACCAACUCAAUGCUGGAAUCCCGCCAGGCCCCAGCUGUUGAGGACAAGGCACCUGCGGCAAAGAAGACUGAUGUCACCAAGAAGACUGGUCUGGCUGUCGAGGGCAAUGCGUCUGUCGUCCUUGGCAAAGCUGUUCCUGAAUACGGCUCCAAAUGGAUGAAAUCUCUCACCCGUUUUGCUGGCGUCGCCUUUACUACUUGGAGAAUGAAACACAAUUCCUACAAGGACAUCACACCCAAGAUGUACUCAAACAGAAAUCAUACCCAAGAGGAGAUAACACCCAUGCCUUCAUCAAACCCAACGCGGCAUCAGACCCAAUAUGAGAGCAUGCCCAAGACGGCAUCAAACCUAGAUAAGAUCAACGGGAUAGCUGAGUGCAUCAGCCAACGAUUCAUCUUGGUCGAGAGAAAUUCAUUCCGAGACGAGGCUGCCAAAUGCGCGAAAACUAGGAACAUGCUAUACUCGAGACGGCAUUCUCUUUGGGUACCCACCGCACCAACAUCGACGACAUUGAAGUCACCUACGAAGAUCGCUAUCAAGAAUUUCGCUAAUGCUGGCCUGCAUCCAACCAAGCGUAGACCAUCUCCGCCGUCUAGAACUGGCAGCGGCAAGACCGCAGCAUAUCUCAUCCCGAUCAUCUCCAAGCUUAUAGGUAAGGCGAAGAAGCUUUGGGCGCUACGCCCUAAUACAACUCGGCGCUCGGUAGAGCAUCCAGAUUUCGCGAGGCGUGUCGUAUGUGCUACCAGGUACCGCUCGAUGCUUCUUCCGCGUGUCGCCUACGGUAGCUAUCCAAUAGGCGCUUCUCUGGACGAACUUGGCAAGGGCUGCGACAUAUUGGCCGGCAUCUCGGGUGAAUGGUCUGGUGCCAAAGCGGAGAUUCUACCUCGACAAUCAAAACUCAAAUACCUCGGUCACAAAGGCCAAGCUGCGAACAGGAGCAGGGAGGGCAGAAAAAGAAAGGAAGCCAAUGGCAUGCACAUUUGCACAUCUGGAGAACGACAUAUCGAUAACAAUCAUCAAGACCGGUACAGAAAUCCAUGGCGAGGGGAUGUUUUCGGAUGUCUACAUGCACUUUGGCAGCCGAAUACAGCUCAAACCUUCAAGGAUAUGAAAGAUCUCACGCUUGGGAUGUCGCCGACAAGAUCAAUGGAUGAGAUGGUGCUGGAUCCGGCGUGCCGAGCGCCUGAAUCCAGGCGUUCAGCACAUCAGAUGGAGAAUUUGAGAACAGUCAUGAAAACCUGUGUGGAAAUUCAUGGCGCAGGGGAUGUUUGGAAUGCCGCCUGCUGUUGUUCAUAUACACUCCAGCAGCAAAAACGGAAGGCUCUGGCCGCAACAAAUGACACCCCAAGCUUGGCAUGUCGCGCGUUGUUGUGCCUUUUCACCUGUGCGUUUGGAGACCUAUUGAGGCCCGAAAGGAUCAAUCGAUAA